UCCAGAUUUGCUGUCCAAAUACUGUUGUUGUUCGAACCUAUUACUGCUGCUGUUGUUCCAUCCUGUUCCAGAUUUGCUUGUCCGAAUCCUAUCUCUGUUCAAACCCGUUGCUAUUGCUGUGUUAUUCUGCCAGAUCCAGAAACUACAAUUGCUUGGGUAUCUCCUGCUGCACGGUACAUCUUACACCUUCUGCUGCAACUCUUUGAGUACUUUAAAUUACUUCAGAACAAUGGACAAGAACUCAUCACGUACAGAGGCCCCACGUUGUAGUUUUAAUGGUACCAACUAUUCUCUAUGGGCCAUCCAUUUCUAGAACUUCCUCAAGGGUCGUGGGUUGUGGGGAUUCAUUGAUAGAUCUAUUUCUAUCCCCACUUCCACAGAUGUCGAAAAAUUAGCUGAGUGGGACAUGAACAAUGGACAAAUUAUUACCUGGAUUCUCGAUUCAGUCGAUCGGUCUAUUGCUAUUGGCCUCACACCUCAUCGCACUGCUAAGGCAAUGUGGGAGCACCUCCAAACAAUUUAUCAACAGAGUAGUGCGGCCCGGUUAUACUGCCUGAAACAGGAUCUCAUUAACCUUACUUAGGGUGAUGACAGUAUUCAAUCAUUCUACUCCAAAAUUGUCACUAUUUGGAUAGAGAUGGCUAUGAUGGAUCCAACAUUUCCUCAUGACUUUAAGAUAUUCCAAUCUAUGCGCGAGAGUGCGCAAGUACGACAAUUUCUUAUGAAGCUGCGUCCGGAAUUUGAGCAUUGUCGAGCUACUCUCUUGAACCGUAGCCCUCCCCCUUCAUUGAAUUCGGUUAUUAAUGAUUUAUUGGCUGAGGAACAACAAUUGAAGGUUCUCUCUUCCUUCCUCAACUCCGGGGUCAUCUGAUAUGGUGCUUGCUCUGUCUACUAUGACACCAACAUGUGGUUCCACUCAUUUGACUUGUCGCGGCUGCAACAAGGUGGGUCAUGUUGUCUCUCAAUGCAAAGAAUGGUGCGCUUAUUGUCAACGGACUGGUCAUGGUAUUCAGGACUGCCGUACACGUGCCUAUGCAUCUUCUUUAGGCCGUGGCCGUGGUGGUCGUAGUCGUAGCCGUAGCCGUGGUCAUGCUCUUUCUGCUACUACUACCACUAUUUCUUCCGAGCCGUCUGUUAGUGGUUCUCCACCUACUGUUUCUGCUGAAGGUAUUUCAUCUCCGUUGACUCCUGCGAUGCUCCAACAAAUCGUUCAGGCCCUUUCUGCGGCCGGUAUGUCAGGAUCUGGCAACGGGGAAGGUACUUGGGAAGGGUAGGCAACAUGGUCGUCUGUAUGUGCUGGACUUUGAUCCAUCUGUCACUCCGGCUCGUUGAUUCUUUUCUCCAUCUUCAUCAGAUAUUACUUCAGCAAAUAAAUUGUGGAAACUGUGGCACUUUCGCCUGGGUCAUCCUCAUUCUGAUCGGUUACUUCAGUUAAUUUCAUCUGGCAUGUUAUGGAAUAUUUCUCUUAAUAAAAAUGAUUUGGAUUAUUCUUGUUC